GUAAAAGCAUUAAAGAACAACCAACAGGUCUUCAGUACCUCUGCGGUUUUUCCCGCAAGAAAAGAAGCACAGAGAUUCACUUAUAAAUAAGCGCCGCCCGUGUUUCACAUCAUUCGCUACGAUGUUGCGUCUGUGUGUGCUUUUUGCCGUGGUUUGCUAUGCCUUCGGCUCUAAAUCAGAAACCUGGCCCUUCGAACUGGCCGAUAGGUUCAUAGAACAAUUCGACUCGAACGUGAAUGAAUUGAGAAAUUUGGCAAACAAUUACCACCGGGAAGAGAGUACAACUUUGAGGCUGGAAGAAAACACUUUGACGGAAGCAAUUGAAGAUCCGACUCACUAUGAUUUCAUCAUCGUCGGAGGAGGAACGUCGGGUUCGGUUUUGGCAAAUCGACUUUCAGAAGUACCUGAGUGGAAAAUUCUUUUACUGGAAGCCGGUGGUGUGGAGACGAAAGCGACAAGGGUUCCGAAGAAUUGGGAGUUAUUGAGGAAUACGCAUUUUAAUUGGGGUUUUAGAACAACGCCACAGAAUUACUCAUGUUUGGCAAUGACCGACCACAAAUGUACCAUCCCCUCCGGGCGAGCCUUGGGAGGUACCUCAACCAUUAACUCCAUGGUAUACACCCGCGGUAAUCCACUAGACUACGACAUUUGGGCGGACUUGGGCAAUAAAGGCUGGUGUUGGUCAGACGUCCUACCUUUCUUCAAAAAAAUCGAAGAUGCCAACUUCGAACCCUUCGACAAAAAGCUCCAUCAUCGUGGAGGCCUACAACACCUCCAACACCCGCAACACUUAACACAUUUGAGUGAGCACAUCCUCGAGAGCGCCAAAGAAUUGGAUAUUGAAGCCGUAGACUACAACGGCAAGCACCAAUUAGGUGCAAGCAUACCCCAACUGAGCACCGAUUGUGGGCAAAGGUUCAGUGCCUCCAGCGCGUACCUGGAAUGUGCGGAAAAAAGAAAGAAUUUGGUAAUCCAACCUCUGGCGCAAGUUUUGAAGAUCUUGAUUAGCACGCACACGAAGGAGGUAAAAGGUGUACAAUAUUUGCACGACGGGAAAGUCUUCGUCGCUAAAGCAAAGAAAGAGGUGAUUUUGGCAGCAGGAGCCAUUAAUACUGCCAAAAUUUUGCUGUUGUCGGGGAUUGGGCCUAAAGAUGAGUGCGAAAAGCACAGCAUUGAUUUAGUUAAAGAUCUUCACGUGGGUUUGAAUCUUAACGUUCGACCGACCUUCCUUGGUCUAGAUUUUCUUUACAAAGAGCAUGAAGUACCACACAAGUCAGAGCACGAACUGUAUGAGGAGUACCUCAAGCAUGGUAAAGGCCCUCUCACCUCACCUGGAGUCGAAGGUUUGCUUUUCCUCAACACUGGCGUCUCCAAAGAACACCCUGAAUACCCAGACAUUGAACUCCAAGUUGUUUCAAAAUCGCACCCAAAAAUUGAAGACUAUAACUGGAUGAAGAUUUCCAAGGUUCACUAUGACUCGAUCUGGAAGCCCCUCGAAGACCACCAUUACGUUAAAAUGCUGGUUACACUGAACCAUCCUGCAUCAAAAGGUGUUCUCAAGCUUCACACCACAAACCCUCUGGACUACCCAAUCAUCGAGCCUCACUUUUUAACUGACGAAGAUGAAGUUGACUAUCAUACACUCUUAGCAGGCAUUCAUAAGGCGAUCAAACUUAGUCAUACGAAGGCCUUUGGGAAAACAGGUUUGAUCAUCAACCAUCACCCCAUUCAUGGUUGCGAUAGUAUCGAAUUUGGUACUGACUCCUACUGGGAAUGUGCAGUUAAGUAUUUAGUGGUACCCACUGAGGAUGUUAGUGGCACUGCAAGAAUGGGACCAGCAACUGAUCAUGAAGCUGUUGUUGAUAAUCAAUUGAAAGUGCACGGCAUACAUAAGCUAAGGGUGGCCGAUGCUAGUAUUCUUCCUGUAUCAAUUACCGGAAAUUUAAUGGGCGUAUCCAUGAUGAUAGGAGAAAAGGCUGCGCAUAUGAUUAUUGAAGACUGGACAACGGAUCAUUGAACUCUUUUGUGAUAUAAGUUGUAACUUGACAUUGAAACAGUUUUGAAUCUGAAGGCAAACUUGCAUAAUACGUAAAUAAGUUUGCUGCACGAUUAAGAACUUCACGGUGUUUAUAUACUCAUAGUAUUAAUUAAAAAAUAAAAUGUAUGAAUUUUGUA